AUGGGUUCGAAUGAAAAGCCCUGUCGAAACUGCGAAGCGCUUAGAGCACAACUUGAACAAAAAGAAGCUAUCGUAGACAAAUAUCAAAAAAUUGUUCAGUCUCAAAACGAACUUCUUCAGGAUUUAACACAGAAAAGUCCAUUUACAUCAGGAUCAUCACGUAAACAAAGCGAAAAUUUUGGUCACUUAGGAACAUCUUCGUCUUUUGACUUAAAUAAUAAGGUUACAGCGCCUAAAACCCGUGGAAAACAAGUUUCCAAAAGUUGUCGAGCUUUUAUCGGAUCUAUUACGGAUGGGAUUGACAAGGAAACAUUAAAGAAAUGCCUCGAAGAUGCCUUUGGUGCCGUUGAAAAUAUCGAUAUGAUACCUUCUAAAGCGUGCGCAUUUGCCGAUUUCGCCACACAGACCGCGUAUCAUGCUGCGGUAAGUGAGGGUGCUGUCUG